UACUAUACAUACAUACACAUGUAUAUGUAUAUUUAGAAGCUCUAUCUUGAUUUGUAGCUUAACAUACCACAUAGUAUAUGCACAUAUUAAAGCGCUUAUCAAUGCUGUCUCCCUUUUGUAGGCGUCUAUUAAAAUGGCAGACAAACAUUUAAGCGUAAUACCAGUAAUACAAAUGGUAUUUCCUUGUUUGACUAACCACACAGUAUAUACACACACAUACAUAUGUAUGUAUUAUAAACUUUGUAUGAGCAGAGCAGAUGUGACAAAUGGCGUGAAAAAAAUGACGGAAACAUACUAUACACAGUGUUUGUGCAUGUACACACAAGUGUACGCAAGCAUACUCACAACACCAAAGCAGAAAAAUGUUGCGCAUACGCCACGUUGUACCAUAGUGUUAAGCACAGAAUAACAGAGAGAACGGAACUGUAUUUUUUAUAUUUACAUUCAGAAAAGAGCGCUGUUAUGUAUAAGGGGUGGGUGGCACAUUGUGGAAGUAGCUGUGUUUUUUAACGCUAGCUAAUAUAGAGUCAGCUCGUAAACUUGGUGUGAAGAUGCUUGUUAUAUAUACAUAUGUAUGUAUUUGUGUUGUGCCUAGUAGUUGUUGGCAUGAUGAAAUGAAAGUUGUGCGAGUUUAUUGGCAUAGGUUAGGGGUUUGAGAUGCUGCUGAAGCAGUGAUGUUAAACUUUGGGAGAGCUGUAUAUUGUUGUGGCAGGAUAACAAGUAUUUGUUUGGUAUAAAUAGCAUAGACAUUUGGGCGGAACGUGUAUUAACAUUUGAAGACUGCGACGUAGCUGAGCUGUGCAAAGGAUAAGGAAAAUAUAAUAAAAAAUAUAUUAAUAACAAAGUAUAUUAUAUAUAUAACUAUUUAUUAUGUGUUACAAAAAGUGUUAAAGGGAAUAAAAAGUGUAUUUAAAUCAAAAUUAUAUACAUAUUUAAGUGUGGUAUAUAACAAAAUAAUUAAACUAAGCAUAAUAGUGCUAUUAACCGUCUCGUUUCUAUCAAAAAAAUGCUUAACCGCAAGUAAUUUCAAGGCAGCAGCUUUUGAAAAGUGUAUCGAAAUCUGUUUUAACAAAACAAAUUGCAUAUACAUUUAGUUUUACGGCACAUUAAAGCAAUAAAAGCAAAGUUAUAAACAACACGUCGCAGCCUGCAAACAUAUACACGCGCUUAGGAUUAGAAAUGGAGGGCUAUCAGGAUAUGAGCGAGCUGGAAAAGUCGGUCGCGCACGCGGGCACCCAGCUCUAUACGGUGGCACACAAAUUGCACGAAGUCGAAACGACAUUGGACCAUACCAGCAGCCUGGAUGAUGUUGACGGCGUUUGUGUCAUGGAACUGCUCGAGUCCAUGGAGGAGGUCAAGGCGGAAUAUCAUCAUCUGGUACAAAAUAUACGCGAGGUGCACCAGUUGCAACGUGACGUCACCACAACGAUACGCUUUCAAAUGCGUAGCAUGCAGCAAACAUUCGAAUCGCUUAAGAAACGCAUCGAAUUGCGCGUUACGCAAGACUGAAAAACAUGCGCUGAGGGCUGUGAAAGUACGGUAAACAUGUAGGUGUUGGAAAAAAAUACGUAAAACGGAAAGCUGUGGCGAUGAGGCGUGAGAAUUAAAUAUAUUUCUAAGGUAGUUUUAAUUUUAUUUAUGAAUGAGAAUUAAAUAUGUCUUAAGUCGCCUUAUUUUUGUUUUUUAAGUUCUUAUAGAAAUAAAUAGAUUAUAAGUAACGCUUUUGUGUAUCAAAAUUUCCACAGUUUUCUUUUAAAAUAUGCAACAUUAUUUCUAGCUACUUCUACUUGUUACUAUUUUUUGCAUAUUUGUUGAGUAGUUAUUUAUUUUUUUAUUAAGUUAACAAAACUCACAACCAAGGUUGCGAUUUUUUAGUUAAAAAAAUUGGUUUAUAAAUUUAAUUUUCGAUUUAGUCCGAAAAUCGGUGUUUUAUUAAAUUUUCAAUUUCUAGUUCUGGAAUUUAAAAGUGAAAGUUAUUUUUUUAUUUUUA